AGCAGAAAUCACAAAUCAGCAGAAAAAACCCCAACCGGCAUCUUCAAGAGACGCAAUGACCUCCAGUAAAGUUGAACUGCCAGCAGAGGUGAAGAGCGACCCGGCUGCGCUCAUGGCAUCUCUUCAUCUGAUGCCCUCACCGGAACCCAAUCCUGAGAUCAAGUACACCAAGAUUUUUAUUAAUAACGAAUGGCAUGAUUCUGUGAGCAGUAAGGUGUUCCCCACAUUCAACCCAGCUACGGGGGAAAAGAUCUGUGACGUCCAGGAAGCAGAUAAGGCUGAUGUGGAGAAAGCUGUGCAGGCUGCACGUCUGGCCUUCUCUUUGGGUUCAGUAUGGAGGAGGAUGGAUGCAUCUGAACGUGGGAAGCUCUUGUUCAAACUGGCUGACCUGGUGGAAAGAGACAGUGCCUAUCUUGCUACCCUGGAGUCUCUGGACAGCGGGAAACCCUUCCUUCCCUCCUUCUUUGUGGACCUUCAGGGAACCAUUAAGACUCUGCGAUAUUUCGCUGGAUGGGCAGACAAGAUCCACGGUUCCACUAUUCCGACUGAUGGAGAAUAUUUCACCCUCACAAGGCAUGAGCCUAUUGGAGUGUGUGGACAGAUCAUUCCUUGGAACUUCCCACUGGUGAUGACAGCAUGGAAACUGGGGCCAGCACUGUGCUGCGGGAACACCGUUGUUAUGAAACCUGCUGAGCAGACCCCUCUCACCUGCCUCUAUAUUGGUGCUCUGAUCAAAGAGGCUGGGUUUCCACCAGGAGUCGUCAAUAUUUUGCCAGGCUACGGGCCAACCGCAGGAGCCGCGAUCGCUUCACACAUGGGCAUAGACAAAGUGGCAUUCACAGGAUCGACUGAGGUAGGCAAGCUCAUCCAAGAAGCAGCAGGAAAGAGCAAUCUAAAGAGAGUCACGCUAGAGCUAGGGGGAAAAAGUCCCAACAUCAUUUUUGCAGAUGCCGAUUUGGAUCUGGCAGUGGAGCAGGCCCAUCAGGGUGUGUUCUUUAAUAGUGGCCAGUGCUGCACGGCUGGCUCCCGUAUCUUUGUGGAGGAGCCCAUUUAUAAUGAGUUUGUGCGCAGGAGUGUUGAGAGAGCUCAGAGAAGGACGGUGGGAAACCCCUUUGACCCAGUGACUGAGCAGGGACCUCAGAUCAGUGCAGAGCAGCAGAGUCGUGUGCUGGAGCUGAUUCAGAGUGGCAUUACUGAGGGUGCUAAACUAGAGUGUGGCGGCAAAGCUCUGUCUUCUAAAGGCUUUUAUAUCGAGCCCACAGUCUUCUCCAAUGUACAGGACCACAUGCGCAUUGCCAAAGAGGAGAUAUUUGGGCCAGUUCAGCAGAUUAUGAAGUUUAAGACGAUUGAAGAAGUGAUUGAGAGAGCCAACAACACAGAAUACGGGCUGGUAGCGGCUGUCUUCACCAAAGACCUCAACAAGGCAAUGACUGUCUCUGCAGCUGUGCAGGCUGGCACCGUUUGGAUUAACUGUUAUAAUGCCCUGAGCUGCCAGUGUCCCUUUGGAGGAUUCAAAAUGUCUGGAAAUGGUCGUGAACUGGGUGACUAUGGACUGAAAGAGUAUACAGAGGUGAAAACCAUUACGAUGAAAAUGUCAGGGAAGAACUCUUAAAGCACAAACCUGUGUGCUCCUAGCAGAGAGAAGUCUUCCUCUGAGGUUAACCACUAGCCAUCAUCCUUUGGUUGUCUAUAGUGGUAAAACUGCACACACCGUAACCACCCAUCACUUCUGCAUGGGAGCACCUCUUCUGCUGCAUCCUCAUGGGCUGUUAUCAUGGACUACCCAACCAUCUCCGUUAGCUCUACUAGCAGUUUCCAUGUCCAACGCCGCCAUAACUUCCUACACCCAUUCCAGUCGUGGCCUCCUUUCGCCGGCUCCUCUAACCAUACUAAAGCACUCGGAGUCGCGGGUAAGGAGGGCUACGCUUUUGACCACUGCACCUGCAAUGUGCAGACACUAACAGACUGCGACUGCUCUCUCUGAUGACACAACUUAAUCUCCUGCAUGACGUGUGUUUUUACAAACCACAUUGCUAGAAAAGCUCUGAUGUCUCUGAAUAGAGAGGGAUGUCAUUCUCAAACCUCAUCAUUAACUUACCUUUCCACUGGGUAUAAUUCUAGCAGGCAUAUUAGUUUGUACUAAGACCACAGAUUUUUGUCUUUGAAUGAGUAAUAAUUCUAAAAUUUGUGUAACUGAUUUGUGUUUUAUUCUUUUCAUGAAUGUUUUUACAAUGUAUAACUUUGUCGAUGUCUUGACCAAUGUAAACAAAAAUGAUUUACCUCAACAAAAAAAUGAAAAAAAUCUGUGGUGUUCAUUUUUGACAAAUAAUUCCUCAUUGAUGCCCAUAUAUUGUCAGAUUUAAAGAAUUAUUGUGUACUAUGAAUACAGAAGUUAAGCUAUAGAAUGAGUUCUUCACUAAAAAGUACUUUCUUGAAUUGAGUUUUCAAAAAAUCAAAAGCGGUUUUCAAUAUAAAUGUUUAAUCAAGUUCCAAUUUACUUGUUAUGAAAUUAUGACCCUUACCUGACUUUGACAAGAAGAAAAAACGUAUUAGUAAAAAAUAAACAUAUUCACAUAUGACUUUCCCUUCCAGAAAUAGUCUCUGAACUUGCAUUUGCAAGAUUCAUUUUGAUUCAGAAAUUGUUCUGCUUCCGAUGUUACAGAUCAGUUUUCAGAUGACUGUGAGUAUUUAUUCUUAUAUCAACCAGGGUGAUAAAACACUGAGUCAGAGAUAGAACAAGUUAUUUGGUAAAAGCUCUUCAGAUAUGUGGAGUUAGCCAGAUAAAAGAAGCACCCAGUAGUGCAACUUCCUUAGAAGUUGCAUUCUCAAAGAAACAGUCACAAUGGAUUUUCCCAGCAGCCUCUUGCCAAUCGAUAUCUUCAGUCCAACAAGAAUGAUGAAAAGAGUUGUUUUCGUAACACAGUUCUGGUAUGCAAGACCAGAAUGGCGAAAGCUUUUCUUCAUUUUAAUUCAAAUGUGUUGAUGUGACUUUUCCUUAUUGCUUAGCAUUAUAUGGCUAUGAAUAAAAACAAAAACAUUUUGUCUCACCUGAAUUUGAAGACAUGUUGCAGAUUUCAUCACGUGUGAACCAAUCAGGAAAGAAUAAAAUGUUGAGGGAAUGCAGUUGAAAAAUAUUGUUCAAUCUGUUUGACAUUGUUGCACAAUGAUGUCAUUGACCCUUCCCUCCUUAGGAGUCUGUCAGAUUGUAUUUAUAAUUCUCUGGAGUCUCAUAUGAUUAAUGUGUACCAAGUUCACACGGAUAUUUCUACAUGACAGUAGUGUAAAAUAGCUGCACACAAGGUUUGUAGUUAUAAAAACAUGAUAAAACAAUAAAUAGUGUUAUUAUAGA